AAUAAUGAUAUAAUCUAUUACAAUGCAAAAGAUGAUCAGAAUGAUCCUGAAAAGAAUGACACUGAAUCUGGAAGCCAGAGAAUCAGACCAGUAUUUGAAGAAGAUCCUGUUUUCCGGCGGCAAACAUCUUACCAACAUGCAGCAGUCCACAUACCAACAGAUAUUUAUGAAGGCUCAACGAUAGUGCUAAAUGAACUCAACUGGACUGCAGCGCUGGACGAUGUGUUCAAGCGGAACAGAGAGGAGGACCCCACUUUAUUAUGGCAGGUUUUUGGUAGUGCAACUGGCCUCGCUAGGUAUUACCCAGCUUCCCCAUGGGUAGAUAAAAGUCGAACUCCAAACAAAAUAGAUCUGUAUGAUGUUCGUAGAAGACCGUGGUAUAUCCAAGGAGCUGCAUCUCCCAAAGACAUGCUUAUUUUAGUUGAUGCGAGCGGGAGCGUCAGUGGGUUGACAUUGAAGCUGAUCCGCACCUCGGUCAUUGAGAUGUUAGAGACCUUGUCUGACGACGACUUUGUGAACGUAGUUUCA